AGAGAAACUCCCGUUACAUUGAAGAUUGGAACAUUUUGGAAGAAUGGAGAAGGAGAAAGACCAGGACCAGGACCAGGUUUCCAGAGGAGAGUUAGGAGGAUUCAACUCCGUGAGGCAAAGCUCCAAUCUUGUUGCAGCGGUCUCAGGACCUGAGGCCCGUAACACUGACACCAAGAAUCAUACAGGAAGAUCCAAAAGACACUGCUGUGAUGAUUGCGAACAAGUCUUCACCACUUCAUCAAACCUGAAGAUCCAUAAGAAAACUCACACUGGUGAUAAACCAUACAGCUGUGAUCAGUGUGGAGCGGCUUUUGCCCAAAAAGGUGCUUUGUCGAGUCACCAACGUAUUCACACUGGAAACAAACCUUACAGGUGUGAUCAGUGUGGAGCGGCUUUUGCCCAGCAAGGUCAUUUGACGAGUCACCAACGUAUUCACACUGGAGACAAGCCUUACAGGUGUGAUAAGUGUGGAGCAGCUUUUGCCCAUCAAAGUGAUCUAACGAGACACCAACGUAUUCACACUGGAGAGAAGCCUUACAGGUGUGAUCAGUGUGGAACGGCUUUUGCCCGGCAAGAUGCUCUAACGAGUCACCAACGUAUUCACACUGGGGAAAAGCCUUACAGGUGUGAUCAGUGUGGAGCGGCUUUUAUCCGGCAAGGUGAUUUGAUGACUCACCAACGUAUUCACACGGGAAACAAGCCUUACAGGUGUGAUCAGUGUGGAGUUGCUUUUGCCCAGCGAGGUCAUUUGACGAGUCACCAACGUAUUCACACUGGAGACAAGCCUUACAGGUGUGAUAAGUGUGGAGCAGCUUUUGCCCAUCAAAGCUAUAUAACGAGACACCAACGUAUUCACACUGGAGACAAGCCUUACAGGUGUGAUCAGUGUGAAGCGGCUUUUGCCGAGCAAGGUGCUCUAACGAGACACCAACGUAUUCACACUGGAGACAAGCUUUACAGGUGUGAUCAGUGUGGAACGGGUUUUGCCCGGCAAGGUGAUUUGACGACUCACCAACGUAUUCACACUGGAGGCAAGCCUUACAGGUGUGAUCAGUGUGGAGCGGCUUUCGCCCAGCAAGGUGCUCUAACGAGACACCAACGUAUUCACACUGGAGAGAAGCCUUACAACUGUGAUCAGUGUGGAGUUGCUUUUGCCCAUCAAAGUAGCCUAACGACUCACCAACGUAUUCACACUGGAAACAAGCCUUACAGAUGCGAUCAGUGUGGAGCAGCUUUUGCCGAGCAAGGUGCUCUAACGAGACACCAACGUAGUCACACUGGAGAGAAGCCUUACAACUGUGAUCAGUGUGGAGUUGCUUUUGCCCAGCGAGGUCAUUUGACGAGUCACCAACGUAUUCACACUGGAGACAAGCCUUACAGAUGUGAUCAGUGUGGAGCGGCUUUUGCCCAGCAAAGUAAUUUGACGAGACACCAACGUAUUCACACUGGAUAAAAAGUGUACAUCUGUGAUCAGUGCACGACAGAUACACGCAUUUCCACGUACAUAUACACCCACAAGUCCAGUCCACCCCACCAUCCCCUCACCCAGCGCAGAAUGAGGAAGUCAGCCGUCCCGAUCGGCCAUCACAAUACAAAUGAUGAGACAAGACAAGAGAAAUAUUUGUUGGGCCACAGUCCGAUAUGAACUAUGGAUUGUGUGAUUAUAUGAACAGUUGAGGCCUUGGGUCAGCUCUGAGUCCCAGUUCUGGGGCCUCAGGCUGAGACCAGCCUCGAAUUUAUGAUACCUGAUCGCAUGGUUUGGAACAAAGGAAACCUCAUGGACGCAAAGCUCAACCAGGAUUUGGAUCUAAGGCCCUGCAGUGAUAAGGAACGGCCCCUGAUUGGACACAGACCCCAAGCCACAGGGGGGCCUUGACUUCCUGGGCCAGCUAUAAAAGGAAAAGCUCUCUUCUCCUCUGCUCUGUCCGUUUUGCAGCGAGUGGCACGCAAGUUUUCUGAGCCCAAAGAGGAGCCGAACCAGGGACCCUGCAGGCCUCGACG